AUGAACACAGACCGUUCACCAAACAAACAGUCUUAUACCCCAUUACCGGUACACCCAUCUGGGCACCAAGUGUCCAUCAACCCAACCUCAAGAAGCUCCCUCAAGGAGCUGGAAUCCCACUCGUUGCUGGUACGCCCAUCUGGGUGCCAAGUACCUGUCAACCCAACCUCAGGAAACUCCCUCAAGGAGCUGUUAUAUCACUCGCUACCGGUACCCGACUCCACAGCAACGUCUUCCCCAUGGGGUGAUGUGCGAACCUCGCCUGAAGCCGUUCAGAGGGGACGAGAUCUCACACUCAUCAUAGAGGCCAUCAGAGAGUUCGAGGGUGGAGUUUUCAAUGAUCCUGACACCCCCAUGACCAAAAUCCGUAAUUGGCAGAGGAUCAUGCCAGCCUGGCUCGAAAGAGAACUCGUCCCUGAUGACAGUGCUAAGCCAACACUGCAAUAUCGGCUUGCACCCCUAGAUUGA